CGUACUUCGUCUUCUUCGUUAGCCAUGCGAACUAGAGUUCCUAAAGAUAUAGGAGAAGCCACGAUUGAUCCAGAGCCUGGGGAUUUGAUAAUUCCUCGGAGGUUUUUGCAUAAAAUCUCCAUGAAUACGACUUCGAAGAUGUCAAUGGGAGAGAGUUUGAUGGAGAAGCUUCGAGAGAUGGAUGUGAACAAGGAUAGGAUUCGAUUAGACGGUCUUUCUUCUCCGAAGGAGGAGACGUUGGGGCUUACUUUGCAAGACGUGAAGAAGUUGCUAAGAGCGUCAGAGAUUGAAGUUGUUAAAACGAAGCUCUUGGAGACCGGGAAAAUCUGGAUUCGUUACUCCGAUUUUGUUCGUGUUUGUAGUGACUCUUCUUUGGAUCCUUCUCAAGGACCUUUGAUCGCAAAGAUGCUUGAUGAUUCAGGAAACGUUAUCGUUUUGGGAAACUCUGUUUGUUUAAGACCUGAUCAGGUAACCAAAUCCAUCGAGGGGCUGCUUCCUUUACCACAGAUUCAUAACCCGAAUGACCCAAGAAGAAAGGAGCUAAAAGAGCUUGAAGCUAUAAAGACAGUCAUCGAACAGAAAGCACAUUCUUUGGUGAGAAGAGAGCUUUGGGCUGGUCUUGGUUACUUGAUCAUCCAAACCGCAGGGUUCAUGAGGCUAACGUUUUGGGAACUCACAUGGGAUGUUAUGGAACCGAUAUGUUUCUAUGUCACAUCGGUAUAUUUCAUGGCGGGUUAUGCGUUUUUCCUCAAGACAUCUAGAGAGCCUUCCUUUGAAGGGUUUUACCAAAGCAGGUUUGAGGCUAAACAGAAGAAACUGAUGGAAUGUGAGGAUUUUGAUGUUGGGAGGUACGAUGAGCUGAAGAAGCUGUUAAAUCCCAAGCCUUCAGGUGCUGUUUCCAAGAUUCUUGGAACUCUAUGGAAUUGAUCAUUGGUGUCUCGUUGUCCUACUAACCUGAGAAAGAUAAAUUGACCCCCAAAAUUGUGUCAAACAAUAAUUUUGAAAUUUACAU